AUGAAAAUUGGUGCAGCGACUUUUGCAAAAAGAUGUUUGGAGGCAUUCUACACAUUUUCCCUCCUCUUCCCUGUCUCACCUUCUCUGCCCAACCUGGACAGCGUCAGGUGUCUCUGCAACCUGGAGCCACAGAAUCUAACACAUACCUCUGACUUCCUACUCCUGGGUCUCUCAGAGGAUCCAGAAUUGCAGCCCUUCCUUUUUGGGCUCUUCCUGUCCAUGUACAUGAUCACAGUGCUUGGGAACCUGCUCUUCAUCCUGGCUGUCAGCUCUGACCCUCAGCUCCACACCCCUAUGUACUUCUUCCUCUCUAACUUGUCUUUGGCUGACAUUGGUUUCACCUCUGCCACGAUCCCAAAGAUGCUUCUGGAUAUCCACACACACCACAGAAUCAUCUCCUAUGUUGACUGCGUAAUUCAGUUGUCAUUUUUUGUUUAUUUUGGAUGUACGGACAACCUACUCCUUACAGUGAUGGCAUAUGAUCGAUUUGUGGCCAUCUGUCACCCACUUCACUACCCAGUUAUUAUGAACCCUUACCUCUGUGGCUUGCUAGUUUUGGUGUCUUUUUUUCUCAGUCUCUUGGAUUCCCUGCUGCAUUGCUUGAUGGUGUCACAACUUACCUUUUGCCCAGAAGUGCUAAUUCCUCAGUUCUUCUGUGACCCUUCUGAACUCCUCAACCUUGCCUGUUCUGGCACCAUCACCAAAAAUGUUCUAGUCUAUUGUUUGGCUGCCAUUUUGGUUGGUAUUCCAAUUUUGGGGAUCCUUUUCUCUUAUUCUCGAAUUGUUUCCUCUAUACUAAGAAUUCCUUCAUCCGAUGGCAAGUAUAAAGCCUUUUCUACCUGCAGCUCUCAUCUGUCGGUUGUUUUCCUUUUUUAUGGAACAGGUAUCGGUGUGUACCUGAGUUCAGUUAUCUCACCUUCUCGCAGGAGUGGUGCAAUAGCUUCAGUGAUGUACUGUGUGGUCACACCCAUGCUGAACCCUUUCAUCUACAGCCUGAGGAACAGGGAUAUCAAGAAGGCCUUGCAGACGUUCCUCAGCAGACCAGAAUAA